ACGCGUGUGAUUGGAAUCAGCUCUCCGCGAUUUCCGUGAUUUCCGUUUCCAUCGGUGCGUCACCUGGCUUCUCCCGUAAAAACUACACGAAGGUUGAGCCGUAGAACUGGUACAACUCUGAAACUUCACGUAAGCUCUGUGUAUGCUGCCCUGAAUCGAAAAUCGCUCGUUCACAGAUGUAUCGAGCACAAAGCAGUGGCCCGUUAGUGUUUUUCUAAGUGACGAGGAUUCGUUCGGUAUGCCCGACGCGACGACAUGAAAUCCGUCCGGUCGUCUUGCGAAUUGUUUACUGCGUCAGCCCUGUUACUGGCUGUGGUUACCCGUGCUCUUGAACUCAACGUGACCAACGAUGGCCCUGCGAUCCUGGACUCGACGAUCACCUUCAUGGCAAAGCUGGAGUCCGGUGGCUACACGGACCUGUAUUUCCAGUUUCGUCACAAUGUUCCUCACGCAAAGCAGGAGUACUGGAUCGAGAACGGAACGAUGGCCUCGCUUGCGCUCACCUUCGAGAGCAGUCAUCACCCCUCUGGUGACUACGUCAUGGAGGUGACCGCAUACGAGUCAUACUUCUUCAGCAAGCACAAGGUGGCCUUCGGCAAGUGCCGCUUCACGCUCACACGGGACAUUGUGGGCCGGAUCGUGGUGAGUCAGGACAACCGGACGCUCCCGAACGACAGACUCAUCCUUGCCACCAACCGGACGACCAAUUUCACCUUCGAGCUGCACGACCCAAGCGGAUAUUUCAACAACUCCGUCAACAGCCUCUCCUGGAAGCUGGACUAUGGCCACUCGGUCUACGCGCCCUACUUGGAAAAGAACUUCACCGACACGCGGCAGCACACCGUGUACCUGGUGGUGGUGGCACUAGUCUCCAGACCCAAUUCGACGUCGCAGGUGGUCAAGGUCGGAUCGUUCACGAGGGACGUCGCUCCCAAAGAUCCCAUCACGAGCGUCAGCGUUGAAGGAAACGUGUGGCUCCGGCACGGCGACGUGGUCUCCCUCCAGGUGUCCUGCAACGGAAGCGCCCCGUACAACUACUGCUGGAAGUAUUUCCCGGGCAACACGACGUCCAACUCGACAGCCAACCUGACGUGCGAGGAGCCCAUCUCGACCAACAUGUGUCGCUUCCCGCUUGUCCACUACUUCCCCCAGGACGGCCCCCACCUCAUCGCCAUCAUCCUGAGCAACGUCGUCCAGAGCAGGCCCUUCGUCAAGAACAUCGAGGUGCACAUCUACGACGUGUCGCACAAGGGCCUCCUGUCGAUGAUCAUCCUGCCGAUCACCUGCUCGCUUCUGGCAAUCGUGAUCAUCGUGACGGGUGCCGCGUACCACGUCCACACGCGGAGCCACCUCCACGUGGAAGUGGCAGACUUCGACUUCCAACGCGGCGACCACGAGCUCACCGAGCGCACCUUCUGGGAGCACCUGCUCAGCGCCUGGAGGGACGCUUUCCCCGGGUGCGUGCGUUCGCACAACCCGUACGACUCAGACGACGAGCACCCAGAGCUUGACAACGCAAAGAACGACCUCGGGGCCGACCCGGAACGCUCAGGAGGAAGGUCAAGCGGCGACGAGACCAACCCGUUCGUAAAGAAUGUGGCGCUGCAGCUUCGCGACGAAGCAGACGGCGGCGGUGCCCCACCCUCCGAAACGAAGGAAGCAGCGGUCGGUGGCUCUGCGAACGGGACCGAAUCGUCUCCUUUUGUGAAGUAGUGAAGUGCUUUCUUUGGAAGAGAGGCACGGGAUACAUCCGACGGCGCCUGUUGCGACUAGCCACGUUCAUUUACUCCACGAACGCGUCGCCGAAACGGCGUGCGGAAACAGCGUCGCAAUGUCGGGAACGGCGCCUAACGUCGCAGGCGCUUGCUGGAAAGAAGACAUUGCUCAAUACUGCGGGUGCAACCUUAAGUUUUGACGGAACGCGCUGCAGUGAGGUUGCUUGGAAUCGUUGUGACUUCUCAAUUCCACUUGCAAUGUGUUUGCGUUGGGAUACAAAGAGUGCCUACAAUUGCAGGCAAAGCGAGGUGUCUCGUGUUUCCGGGGAUUGUGUUUUAGCCAGACCCUAGCAGCGCGUCAACUUCAGUGACUCUCGGUGACUCUCAAGACUGGACGGUUGGUAGGUUAAGAGAUUACACGAAUAUCUGUGGUGCUCAGAGUUACAAUGUAGUGAGAUUUGAGUGAAAUGGGUGUGGUGUGGUAGGGACGUGUCCCUUCUUUACAAGGUGUCGGCCUGUAUUUGUCAUCGCCCUAUCCCGUAUUACCGCGAGACAGUCGACGUGCUCCUUUCUGCGAUGCUGCUAUGGGCAGGCGCCAGAGAUUGUCUUGUCUAGGAACCCUUUUGCGUCUUUGAUUUGCUUGCUCACAUAAGCUUCUCUAUGUUUUCACAACCACAUUUACCUUAGGAGAACUUUGUUUGAGGGCAGGAAACUAGUAAUCCCUUUACAAGUUGACUGGAGUAGCUAACAAUGUUUAAUUACAGCUCCUACACAAGGAAUUAAGACCCGAGAUUGCUUUGUGUAUAUACCUAGUGUUCGUGCAGAGCACUUGAUGUCCACCCAAGCCUGGUCGGCACAAUGAGGGUGCAGCAAAACUUCUAUACCCCCUUUUUACAGAGCGUCAUUCACUGUGGAGACAAUACUCGCAUAGGCUGUUACUAUAGGGCAAUUUUUUUGUAUGGGCAACGUUGUCACUGACACACCCUGCAAUCAAUAUCCUUAUUUUUAGUUUUAGUUUUUUUUAGCAACAACUAACAAUGUGUUGUCGGCACAAGUGCACUUUGUGAUUGCUUGGGAAAAAACUAAAAGCGCUUUUACAGGCUUAUGUUUACACCUUGGAUUAUUUUUAAAGGGACCUCCGAGGGACUAGUCUUCGUCCAUGAUAUGCAAGUGUUUUUAACAUCUUUAAUAAAUAUUUCAGACUUGGUC